UCCUGGGCCACAGCUCAGAGAGCAGAUACAUACGGAUCACAGGAGCACCAACAGGACUCAACUCCACAGCAGAGACCAUGAGCACCCAGUUCAGCAAAGGACCCACAUUCGGACUCUCUGCUGAUGUCAGGAACAAGCUGGCACAGAAGUAUGACCCUCAGAUGGAGGAAGACCUGAGGAUGUGGAUUCAUGAGGUCACGGGUCGAGCGGUUCCUGACAACUUCAUGGAGGGACUGAAGGAUGGUGUGAUCUUGUGCGAGCUGAUCAACAAACUGCAACCUGGAUCCAUUUCGAAGGUCAAUCAUUCAACCCUGAACUGGCACAAGUUAGAGAACAUCACUCACUUUGUUCGUGCCAUUGGUGAAUAUGGGCUGAAACCACAUGACAUCUUUGAGGCCAAUGACCUUUUCGAGGACAUGAACCACACCCAGGUCCAGUGUACCCUCGUCACAUUGGCUGGAGUGGCCAAGACUAAAGGCUUCUACACAAAAAGUGACAUCGGUGUGAAGUAUGCAGCAAAAAAGCAAAGGAAAUUCAAUCCUGACAAGAUGAAAGCGGGGAAUAGCAUUAUCAGCCAGCAGAUGGGUUCCAACAAAUAUGCCAGCCAAAAGGGCAUGACCUCUUAUGGAACCAGACGCCAUCUCUAUGAUCCCAAUAUAGGCAUGGAGAAACCAGCGGAUCGAUCCACUAUAAACCUCCAAAUGGGCACCAACAAAUGUGCCAGCAUGGCUGGAAUGUUUGCUCUUGGCACAGCGAGACAGGUGACAGAAAAGAACGUAAAUCUAGACCCGGUGGACACUACAACCGUGUCUCUGCAGAUGGGAACCAACAAAGUGCCGUCUCAGAGCGGCCUCACCCCAAUGGGAGGCGCACGUCUAGUGUAUGACCGCAAAUACUGCGCCAAGCCUCAUGAACAAGACGGCACUGAUUUCAUUAAUUAAUACUCUUACACUCUGGUAUUCAGCAUUGGAAGAUAAUGCCCCUUUCUUUCCGAUCCCAGACCAGAAUAACUUAAUAAUCAUCUUUAUGUGGAAUAUUAGUCAUACAGUAUGUGCUUAAUUAGAGAAUCAAUCAAGCUAGUCUUUGAUCAGUUUAAAGGGGAUCAUCUACCACACAAAAACUCCAGAUCAACUGGUUUAGGUGCUUCAUUAUGGAUCAUAGUUUGCCUAAUAUAACAUUAUCUUUAAAUUCCUCAAAAAUUGAUGUAAUUGGUCUUUAAAGUCAGAAUAUCAGAAGCUACAAAUGUGAUUAAACAAACAAAAGAUCAUCAGUUAGUAUCCAUAUGUGGGGACAACAAAUAUGUAUUCACAAAGGUAAUGAAAGGAUAAAACAGUUAUGAUAUUUGUCUGAUAAAUGUAUCUUUGCCCUACAUUUGGUGAGUCAUUAAACAAAAAGUACUUUAAUUGUUCCCUGUCAAAUAUAGAUGUAUGUUUAGAAUAUACACAACUUGUGUAAGCAUUGAGGAAGUGUUGCAAUGACAUUUGCGCAUUUUACACACUUUUGAACUUUUCAGCCUGUGCUUGCAUAUGUCUGCUUAAUGUUUGAAAGCAGCAAGAAACCAACAUUUUUAGGUAGCUGCAUAUCUAUAAUUACUUGUUUGUCACUAUUUCAUUAUUGUUAUCAUUUUAAUUGUUGCAAAAAAACAUGGUUGUCUUAGUCCUGUAUUGUAUUAGGGUAUCCUUACAAAAUCUGCUGACAGUAGGCUAUCAAGGACAGUGAUGUAAUUGUAUGGUGACUCUGAUAUAUACAGUAAUACUGAAUGAUACACCAAGGUUUUUCAAAGAAUACAGUGGAAUUACCAUAGUACCAUGUCCAUAUGAUACACUGUCCGAAAAAAAUAUUCCAUGGUGCAUUUUGGCACUUUUCUUCAGAAUUCUCUAGAAUUGUUCUCUACUGCAUUUUAAAUAUGAAACACUGUCUUUUAUUGUGGAUAAUA